CCGGUUGUCAUAGGUACGGCGGGGACGCGGUGAGCCCGGUGCAAGGGCGGGGCCAUAGUACAAGGGAGGACGACGCUCGAGGAGGGAUGGGGGCAGCAGCCGACCGUAUGACGUCAUGUGCUGGGGGAUGACAGUCCCAGCAUCAGCAUCAGCAGGGGGAGCAUCGGUGACCGGAGCAGCACAGCCCAGCACCGUAGAGCGGGGUACCCACCACCACCAUAACCACACGGUGACUGACAACCAUCAUACCCCGCAUCCUCCUCUCACCUGCUCCUGCACAAUGAGCUGCUCAGAUGACAGCACCAAAGAGAAGCUGCUCUGGAACGUCAAAAAGGAGGUGAAGCAGAUCAUGGAAGAGGCUGUGACCAGGAAGUUUGUACAUGAAGACAGCAGUCACAUCAUCGCUCUGUGCGGUGUGGUGGAAGCAUGUCUCCUGCACCUCCUGAAGAGAAGGGCGGCCGGAUUCUUGCGGAGUGAUAAAGUUGCAGCCUUGUUUAUGAAGGUCGCCAAGACAUGCACCACUGCUGCAGAUAUAUGCAAGAAGGUGCAAGAGCUGCAGCAACAGGUGGAAGGCAGGAAGAAUCUCUGCAAUGGUCAAGAGUCCAUAAAGAGGCAAAACUCUACAACAGGCAGGACGCCCACACUCACCCCACAAGCCUUAAAGCACAUUUGGGUGCGUACUGCACUUAUAGAAAGAGUGCUGGAUAAAAUUGUACAGUAUAUUGUGGAUAACUGCAGUAAAUAUUAUGAGAGAGAAUCAUUAAUGUCUGAUCCAGUCUGUGGUCCCAUUUUGGCUGUUCUUUUAGUGGGACCUUGUGCACUAGAAUAUACAAAGUUAAAAACAGCUGAUCACUAUUGGACGGAUCCCUCCGCAGAUGAACUGGUACAGAGGCACAGAAUCCAUGGAGCUCACACACGCCAAGACUCCAGUCCAUGCAAGCGGCCUGCUCUGGGUAUCAAAAAGCGCCAUUCCAGUGGUAGUAUGUCAGAAGAUAAAUUUGCGGCUUCAGCGAGAGAAUAUGUGGAGUCACUGCACCAAAACUCCAGAAUCCAUCUUCUCUACGGAAAAAACAAUGUUCUGGUCCAACCAAAAGAAGACAUGGAAGCUAUUCCUGGAUAUCUCUCCCUACACCAGUGUGGAGAGAACUUGACAUUAAAGUGGACCCCAAACCAGCUGUUAAAUGGAACACUGGGAGACUCAGAGUUUGAAAAGAGUGUGUUCUGGGACUAUGCCCUGAUUGUGCCAAUAAGCCAGAUAGUCUGUAUUCAUUGCCACCAGCAGCCAGAGAGUAGAGGAGUCCUUGUUCUGGUCAGCCAAGAUGGUAUUCAGAGGCCUCCACUACACUUUCCUCUAGGAGGCCACCUUCUUGCUUUCCUCUCCUGCCUCGAAAAUGGUCUUUUACCUCGGGGGCAAUUAGAGCCUCCCCUGUGGUCCCAACGAGGAAAGGGAAAGGUAUUUCCCAUACUGAGAAAAAGGAACAGCUCUAAUAAGUCAGUAGACUUUGAUGAAAGUUUUGUGGAAGAAAUAUCCACAGAUUAUGUCUUCAGAAUCCUCUAUGCUGGACACAAGCAUGAUAACACAGUCACUAUUAACUACCACCACUUAGCUGCCAGUCGUUCUGUCUCUAUUGAUGAUGAGGAGGAAGAAGAAGAUAGGCUUCACGCCAUGCUAUCCAUGAUUUCCUCUCGGAACCUCACAGCUCCUAAAAUGAUGAAAGACCACAGGGACGUGAUAGAGAUGCAAGGCUUUGGUGCUAAUCUUUUGCCCUGGCAGCUUAAUGAGUAUUGCAGUCAAGGAUCCUCCUGCUUGUCUUGCUCCACAGGAAGCUCACCAUACGAUAUUCCCAGCUGCUGCAGUUGCGUUCAUGAUAGGACACCACUGAAAUUAUUGUGUGAAAACAUGAAGAGGCAGAUUGUUUCCCGAGCUUUCUAUGGAUGGCUUGCUUACUGUCGUCACUUGUCCACUGUUCGAACACAUCUCUCUGCACUUGUCCAUCACUCCAUAAUUCCACCUGACAAACCCACAGAUGCAUCAGGCGGCCUAACCAAAGAAGUAUGGAGCAAAUAUCAGAAGGACAUGAAGAAUUACAAGGAACUGGAGCUACUGAGGCUGGUGUAUUACGGAGGAGUAGAACAUGAUAUUCGCAAAGAGGUUUGGCCUUUCUUACUUGGCCACUACAAGUUUGGAAUGACUAAAAAAGAAAUGGAUAGAGUUGAUGAGGUCAUCGCUUCCAGAUACCAGAAGGUGAUGGCAGAGUGGAAAGCCUGUGAGGUGAUCGUAAAGCAGAGGGAAAAAGAAUCCCACUCAGCCAUUUACGCUAAGCUGUCAUCUGGCAGCAGCAUUGACAGCCAUGUCCAACGUCUCAUUCAUCGAGACUCUACGAUCAGUAAUGAUGUUUUCAUCUCCACUGAAGAAAUAGACAUAACGGACAGAGAUUUGAAAGGUCGGAAUGAUAAAACGUCUACAUUGACCGCUACGGUGGCAGCCGACCCACAGCAGUCCGUGGAAUUUGACUCUCCAGAUUCUGGUCUUCCCUCAUCCCGAAAUUACUCUGUGACCUCUGGAAUCCUCUCAAGUAUCGAUGAUGGACAAAGCAUAUGCUUUGAGGAAGAAGAAUCAAGCACAGAGUCGGAUAGGACGGAAAUGAGUAUGGGUCCUCCUCGAAAAACCAAGGGAAUCCUUAAAAUGCAGGACUCAAUAAGUGAAGAACAGCUUUGCUCUCAGCUAGAGUAUUUAAAUAAUUCUGAUGACAUCUCUUCCAUGUGUCCCACGUCGUAUACAAUAGAAUUGUUGGAUACCAUUGCCUUAAACUUACAUCGAAUUGAUAAGGACGUACAGAGAUGUGAUCGGAACUACUGGUAUUUCACAGCAGACAACUUAGAGAAGCUGCGGAAUAUCAUGUGCAGCUACGUGUGGGAGCACUUGGAUGUUGGUUACGUUCAAGGGAUGUGUGACCUCCUGGCUCCACUAAUGGUGAUUCUGGAUAAUGAUCUGUUGGCGUACAGCUGCUUCACUCAGCUUAUGAAGAGAAUGACCCAGAACUUUCCAAAUGGAGGCGCUAUGGACGUACACUUUGCAAACAUGAGAUCAUUGAUCCAGAUUUUGGACUCUGAGCUGUUUGAACUCAUGCACCAGAAUGGAGACUACACACAUUUCUACUUCUGUUAUCGCUGGUUUCUUCUUGAUUUCAAAAGAGAGUUGCUGUAUGAGGACGUUUUUGCUGUGUGGGAAGUUAUAUGGGCAGCCAGACAUAUUUCCUCCGAGCAUUUUGUACUGUUCAUUGCUCUAGCUUUGGUACAAGUUUAUCGAGAGAUCGUGCGAGACAACAACAUGGACUUUACAGACAUCAUCAAGUUUUUUAACGAGAUGGCAGAGCAUCAUGAUGCACAGUUGAUUCUGAGGAUAGCCCGGGAACUGGUUCACAAGGUCCAAACACUGAUUGAAAACAAAUGAGAAGCUUCCACAAUGACUUGAAGACCACCGAGAGCAAGACCAUCCUACAGAGGUGCUCGCAGGGCCUUCAACUUUGUCCAGCAGCAACGGAUCCCACUAUUUCCUGCUCUGUAAAUCUGUGUGCACCUUUCCGGGGACUGUACCACACACGUAUUACGUUUUACAUUUUUAAUAUACUUUUACAAGAAAAAAAAUAGAAUAUCAAAUAAAUGAAAAUAAAGAUCAGUGUCUGAUCUUAAGUAAAUAACCAUUCGUAUCUCUCAGAUGCUCUUUUCAGUGAAACAGAGAAAUAUCAAGUCGCCGGGUAUUGGGCACCUUAGACUUUUUUUGCUGCUGGAGUAGUGGAGGUAUAUCCAUGUCUUCUGAGACUGAAAGCCUACCCUUUGUUGGCCAAGGAAUUUAUGAAGUCCCCUCCUUUCUGUUGACGUCAUCAGAGGACACAUGUUAUCUGUUAGCCUUUUACACGUCAUGUUAAAAUGUAUUAUAUUUUGUAAUUUUGUUGAGCAUGCAGAUGUGUCUCUGUAUAAUCCCACUGUGAUAAUCAUGAAGGGCUGUGGAAUGACACCUUGGCAAUGUGAUGGGCAACUGGGUCUAUGAUAAUAGACCAAUACUAUACAGACCGUUAAAGGCUCAUGAGCAAAUAGAGUGCCAGCAUCAGGCAACUUUACCAUAUGCCCUGUGAUCUGAAGCAUAGUCUAUCAUGGUUAGAAGUUCUAGCUCAGUUUGCUUCAAGUUACACUCAGUUUAUAGGAAGGAGCACUAUGGGGAAGUCAGGAAUAGAGGCAGAUGUAGAUAGUGGUGUCUAUGCAUUGCUGGGUCACUGGAUGAUCUGGUUAGGAGCAGUGUCGGACUGGGUCAGGAAGGGCCCACCGGGUAAUGCAGUGGUAGGGGCCCAUGUUUAGGGGUGUGGUCAGUCUCCAGAGGUGGUGUGGCCAGCUGCCACACUGGUUUGCCUAACCAUUUGUGAGUGCGUGGGCUGGGCCCCUUGACAAAUAUAUAAAUACUGCUAGUGCAUGCAUAUUAAUGUACCAGUUAAAUAUUGGCAAUGCACUGUAGAGAAUACAUCAUAGUCCUGUGCAGUAUAAGGUAACAUAUGUCAAAUUUAUAAUUCAAGAACAGUCUGGAACCUGAUCACUAGAGGAGGAGAGCGUCCCCAGGCAGUGGGGCCUACUGGGGGUUUCCCCUGUACCCCUAUGGGCCAGUCCGACCCUGGUUAGGAGUCACCAAGAGAACCUAAAAUGCUAUCACAAAUGAUUUGCGUUAUUGUCAUAAAUAGCGACCAGUCCUUUUAGCGCAAUAAGAUGGGGACUACAGUGCUAUUUAUUAAAUUAACAUCCAGAAGUCCAGGUCAUAUCAAGGCCAAUUACAAAAGUAUUUCACACUGCAGAACACGGUGGCUAGGAACGUGUUUCACACGUAACACUGAUCUCAGACAUAAAACAUGUCAUAAACAUGAAGUCAAUAAAAUUUUUACGCUACCUGGAACUGGGGUGCAGCCAGCGCCUCCUCAGACACCUGCUCUGAAGUUUUUUCUUGUUCAACUGGAAGGAAGGUGCUCGCACUUUACUCUGAAGGUGACGUUGGGUGAACCUUGAUUUCAUUGGAGUAACCGGCCUGUAUGAUUAUUCCGUUGCCUGCCCAGUGUAUCAUGUUUUUGCAGAAGACAAUGCAGUAUUAGCAGUGCCUAAGCGGGGAACUUGCAUUGCUGCAUGUACGUUCUCUGUGAUUUAUAAGGAACAUGUGUUUUGUUUGUCAUUUGAUUAUGUAAUUAAUUGAUAAUGCAAAUUUUUGCCUUUGUUUAACUAUGUGUAUGUGGAGAGGUUCAAACUUGAGCAGCCUCUUCCACGAUUCAUACGACAAACAAAGCUAGAAACCAGAGCCCAUGCGUCUCCUCUACAUACAUAGCAUUUGAGUUGACUAGUUUAAUAUGUACUGCUAUUACCAUCCCUUUCUAUUUGGUAGGGUCUUCCGCAAUCUGCUCAGCUGGUGCUGAUCCCAUUCAGAUCUGACAAAAACAGACCUAUUACUCAUUCCCCCAGUUUUAGUGCACCCAAGGCAGCUGCAUCUUCUGCCACCAGCUUGUACAGGAUUUGUCUUCCACCAUGAGGGUUACUGGUAGAGAUGGUCACUGUCCAUCGAUGAUUCCUAAUCAUUGAUGGUUUAUGGCCGAUGUUGAAUGCUUUUGCCAUCGAUGGGAGAGAACGAGAUGGUUUCCCUCCACCGAUGGCACAGCAUAAACAAAUAAAACAUUUUCCAAGGUGCUGGGACUCGGAGCCUAGCUCUGCCCCCAACACCCAUGAAGCCCCGUCCCUGGGCUGUAAUUGGCCCGCGGGUCAUUCACAAAAAUAACAUGGAUGACCACCGAUGGGUGAAACCAUCAAUGGUCUCCCAUAGCAUAUUUAGUGACCAUCAAUGGCUACUCACAGUUUCACCAUCAAUGGCAACCAUUGAUGGCCAUCCCUAGUUACUGGAGGGCAUUGAUUUCUAAUGACUAUAAAACCUCUUGGGAAGAUAUGGGUGUAUUGGACCCACAAAUCUGCAGCUCAGCUCUGCUGUUUCUAAUCAUCUAAUAAGGUGCAUAUUACUAAACUCUAGAACGGAGAUUAGUUGAUAUAAUUAGUCAUUUAGAAAGAAAAUAUUUCUUAUUUUGUGCUAAUUCUCUGAUAAUACAUUGGCAGCUCAUCUUAUUAGUGCUCACACUCUUAACGUUAAAACAAAAACAUUGACUGGCUUCAGUGCUAUUCAUUACAUUUGCCAAAUUAUUUUUUUAUUCCGGCAGACAUCAUUGAUUUUGAGCAUGUGAAUGUAUAAUAAUGCAUUACUUUUUAUGUUUGUCUUGAUAUGUUCCACCUUCUUAUUCUAUUUUAUUUUGCUGAAUUGAUGGGAUUUUUUCCCAUUUUUAAUGCAUAAGUAAAAUAAUUGAGAAUAUACUAUAUAAUGAUGCCAUAUGUAUUGCUGAGGCUGAUAUACUUUCCCAGUAUUCGUGAGACGCUACAGUGAUUGGUGUACACGCAUUUCACAUCUGGGUGUGGAUCACUGGGUCGACCCUAACUUGGUCGACCAAUAUUGGUCGACACCUGGAAUAGGUCGACACGGUAAUGAGGUCGACAUGGAAAAAGGUCGACCUGAGGUUUUUUGGGGGGGGGUUUGGUGUCGUUUUCUUCUGAAAGUGACUGGGAACCCCAAAUAGUGCACCGUGUCCCCUCUCAUGGCUCUCUUCGCUCUGGCUCGCUUUCACUAUUCCCAGUCGUAGUCCACGUGGAUAGUAAAGUAAGAAAAAGUUUUAAAAAAACUCAUGUCAACCUUUUCAUGUGUCGACCUUUGCCAUGUCGACCUACCGACUAUGUCGAUCUAAUGCAUGUCGACCUAAGUGAGGUCGACCUAAAGACCGGAUACCUUCACAUCCAUGCUAUUGAUUUAUUGACUGCCCAUGUUAGUCAUGUAGCUAAUGCCCUUACAUUGGAACAAUCUAUUAAAUGAAAUACCAAUCAGUUUUCCAAUUUGUUUUAGAAAUUAACCGCUAUCAACACAUAUUAUUUUUCUCUUCCUCUUUAUGGAAAAUUGGAUUGUAACAUUAAACAACUUUGCCGCCAUAUAA